GUCAUUUUUCGUUUUUAUUUUUGAUAAGAAAAUCGGUGAUUUUGUUUUUAUAAUUUAAUUUUAAAAGUUUCCAGUAAAACUCAAUUAUUUAAUCACGCUUAUUAUUCCUAUGAUGCAAAAUAAAAAACCCAAUAAACCUUUUCAAAAAGGUUUUCAAAAAGGAAGAAAAUUCAACAAGUAUCAACACAAAUCCCAAGCAAGUAGCAAACCUAGAGAUGAUGAAGAAAUCGAACGUCUUCGUUCGCAGCUAGAAUCCAUAGAUCCGAGUAAAAUAAAGCUAUUUACUGAUUUUCCACUCUCAUGGAAGACCCAGAAAGGUAUUCGAGAAGCGAACUACAAAGUCCCUACAGAAAUUCAACGUGAAAGUAUUGGACAUGCUUUGCAAGGCAGAGACAUUCUUGGAGCUGCCCAAACUGGCAGUGGCAAGACUCUAGCUUUCCUUAUUCCGGUGAUUGAAAACUUGUAUAUGAAGAAAUGGACCCGUUUAGAUGGAAUUGGUGCAAUUAUCAUUUCUCCAACUCGUGAAUUAGCAUACCAAAUCUUUGAAACACUCAAAAAGGUCGGUGCACAUCAUGAUUUUUCAGCUGGUCUAAUUAUUGGAGGGAAAAACUUGAAAUUCGAGAAAAAACGAAUGGACCAGUGUAACAUAAUAAUUUGCACUCCAGGACGUCUAUUACAACACAUGGACGAAAAUCCACUUUUUGAUGCUUCUACAAUGCAAGUUUUAGUACUCGAUGAAGCCGAUCGUUGUCUAGACAUGGGUUUUGAGACAACAAUGAACGGCAUUAUCGAGAACCUUCCUCCAGAACGACAAACACUUUUGUUCUCCGCAACACAAACCAAAUCCGUCAAAGAUCUGGCGAGACUGAGUUUAGACAAUGCAGUUAAUAUUGCUCCAUCAGAGCAACAAGCUGUUACUCCUGAUAAUCUUAAACAAAGCUAUGUUGUAGUUAAUCUUGAAGACAAAAUCACAAUGUUGUGGUCAUUUAUAAAGAGUCAUCUGAAACAGAAAUGCAUCGUGUUCCUUUCCAGUUGCAAGCAGGUUAAGUACAUUUAUGAAAUAUUUUGUAAACUGCGUCCUGGAACAAGUCUUCUUGCGCUGUAUGGAACUCUCCAUCAAGAUCGCAGAGUUGCCAUCUACCAAGAGUUUUGUCGCAAGAGUAAUGUGGUGUUGUUUGCAACAGAUAUUGCCUCUCGAGGACUUGACUUUCCCACCGUAAAUUGGGUCAUUCAAAUGGAUUGUCCUGAAGAUGUCACGCAGUACAUCCAUCGGGCGGGUAGAACUGCCAGACACAAAGCCCGUGGGGAAAGUUUACUGGUUCUAUUGCCUAGUGAAGAGGAGGGAAUGGUAGCCGAACUGAAAAAUGCAAAAAUAGAUGUCAAUCAGAUCCACAUUGAUCCGAAAAGACUAUUCUCCCCCAAAGGAAAAAUGGAAGGAUUCCUAGCUCAGAACAAGGAACUCAAGGAAACAGCUCAGCGUGCAUUUGUAUCGUACAUUAAGUCAGUUUUUCUGAUGAAAAACAAGAAAAUCUUUAACGUUAGCAAAUUGAAUACCGACGAAUAUGCCAAGUCACUUGGACUUGUGGUUGUUCCGAGAGUUCGUUUCUUGGAACGCUUUAAAAAGCGGCAAGCAGCUGCACAGAAGACAAACAAAGAAGAUGGUUCCGAAUCUUCAUCGGAGAGUGAAGAUGAAUCCGAAGAGAAUACUGAAGCUAAGCCUCUUAGGAAAGACAAUGAUGAUGAUGUUAACUUUAAUCUACCACACUCUGAUGAUAGUGAGAACUCCGACGUCGAAGAAGAACUUUUCAAGAUCAAACGAAGAGAUCAUGAAAUAGAAGAAAGUGUCUCUAAAAAAGAUGACGAAGAAGCAAAAGCUGAACUCACAGCUGCUAGAAAGGCUAAAGUUUUAACAAAAGCAGCUCUAGCUAAACGUGUGUUGAAGAAAAGAAUUCAAACAAAUACUAAAGUCGAGUUCAAUGAAGACGGCACAGAAUUGCUCGACACCAGGAAGCAAUUGCAAUCAGACCUGGCUAGAGAUUAUAUCAAUCAAGAUGAGGGUGGAAUUGAUAUUGAAACAGCAAAGAAAGUUCUUCGUGAAGAGGAUAAAUUCGAUAAGAAACGUUUCAAGGAGAUAGUCAAGGCCAAGCACAAGGUUCAGAAGAAGAAGUCGAAAUCGAAGAAAAACGAAGACGAGGAUGAUGAUGAAGUCGACGAUUUUGGUAGCGAUGCAGAUGAUGAGCCUGAGGUUGACUUGUCUUGGUUGCCCGAUCCAGAUAAGUGUUAUAAUGUUGUAAAUAGUGAUUCAGAUAGUGAUGACAAUGAUGAUGAAGACAAUAAGGGAGAAGUAAGUGAAAGCGAAAGUUUAGUUCAUCGGCCACCAAAACGGUUGUACGAGAAGAAGAAAUCUGGUAAUGAUUCAGCGACAAGUAGCGAUUCCGAUGGCGAGGACGACGACGAAGAUGAACCAAGAAAUAAAAAGGCAAAACAAAUAGCAAAUAAGUUAUCAUUGAAUGAAGCUGAAAUGAUUGCAAUGCAAUUAUUGGGCAAAUAAAAUACAAUUUUUCUUGUUAAACAAAAAACGAAAUCAUA